UGUAUUGGCUGUCGCUGCAAAGGACAAAACGCUUUUUUUCACAGUGAGGAUUCCUCGGUGUGCGCGGUGUGUGUGUGCUGGAAGUAGAUGCGGGAGUUUACCUGGAGGACACACAUGUCGAACAAACAGUGGAGACUGUGCCCGAGAUAAUAGCAGAAGUCCCCGCCGGACCAUGGGACUGACGGAGCUGCUGCUCGGACUGCUGUGGUUCCGCUCUGCUGUGCUGUGUGCAGCAGGCUGCAGUGAGCGGGUGGAGGUCCAUACAGAGCGGAGGGGUGUGAUCUACAGCCCCUCCUGGCCUUUAAACUACCCCGCUGGAGUCAACUGCAGCUGGCACAUCCAGGGAGGUCAGGGGGAGGUCAUUACCAUCAGUUUCCGAAACUUUGACUUGGCCGAGUCGGGGAAUUGUUUGGGAGACUGGCUCCUGCUGACUCCUACGUGGAAUGGGGAAUCCAGGCUGUGCGGCUCUAUGUUGCCUCCACCCGUCAUCUCCACCAGGGGGCGCGUUUGGCUCUACUUCCACUCUCAUGCCAACAGCUCCGGGCAAGCCCAGGGCUUCCGCCUCUCUUACAUCAGAGGUCAUCUGGGUCAGAGCAGCUGUCAGUCAGAUGAAUUCCUGUGUGGGAAUGGGAAGUGUCUUCCUCGCUCCUGGAAGUGCAACGGUCAGGAUGAAUGUGGCGACGCCACCGAUGAACGCAGUUGCUCCCCCCCGCCCACUGAGGCCCAGCCUGGCGUCUGCCCUUUCGGCUCCCUGCCGUGCACCGAGGUCCAGUCCACCCGCUGUCUGCCUGCCGCCCUGCGCUGCAACGGAGCCCGGGACUGCCCUGAUGGGACGGACGAGCUGGGUUGCCCCGACACCACAUGUGGCAAACGUCUGGGGAACUUCUACGGCUCUUUUGCUUCCCCAGAUUUUUUCCGGGCCAAUCGCAGCGCUGUGACAAAGUUGAGAUGCUCCUGGCUGCUAGACACCCAGGACCCGAAACCCAUCGUGCUGCAGCUGGACCUGCAGCUUGGGCCCGGAGAUUCACUGCAUGUUUACGAUGGCCUGCUGCAGCAGGCGGAGCAUCUCUUACAGGUGUUGUCGUAUCAUAACAACAGGCGCCUGGCGCUGCUGGAGUCGAGCCGAGGACAGAUGAGUGUGUUGUACAUGGCCCAGCCUCACAGCCCUGGACAUGGCUUCAACGCCACAUACCAGGUCAAAGGUUACUGUUUUCCUGGCGAGCACCCCUGUGGCAGCGAUCAGGGCUGCUACUCUGAACGGCAGCGCUGCGACGGCUAUUGGCACUGCCCGUCUGGCCGUGACGAGGAGGCCUGCCCGACAUGCCCAGAUGGGGAGUUUCCCUGCGAGGGCGGUACCGGAGUGUGCUACCCAGCCUCGGAGCGCUGCAACAACCAGAAGAGGUGCCCAGAUGGGUCGGACGAGAAGAACUGCUAUGACUGCCAACCUGGAAACUUCCACUGUGGGACUAACCUCUGUAUCUUUGAGACAUGGCGGUGUGACGGGCAGGAGGACUGCCUGGACGGGAGCGACGAGAGGGACUGCCUGGCUGCAGUACCCAGGAAGGUCAUUACUGCAGCCCUGAUUGGCAGUCUGGUCUGUAGUCUGCUCCUGGUCAUUGCCCUCGGCUGUGCCCUCAAACUCCACUCACUCAGGAGCAGAGAGUACAGAGCCUUUGAGACUCAGAUGACACGCAUGGAGGCAGAAUUUGUUCAGAGAGAGGCUCCGCCCUCCUAUGGUCAGCUGAUCGCCCAGGGUCUCAUCCCUCCAGUGGAGGAUUUCCCAGUGUACAGCCCCACCCAGGCCUCCAUGUUACAGAACCUGCGGCUGGCGAUGCGCAGACAGAUCAGACGUCACUCAACGCGGCGCUCCACCUCCUCCUCCUCUCGACGGCGUCUCGGGCAUCUGUGGAGUCGCUUGUUCAACAGUGGAGGGAGAGCCAGAGGCCACGUCCCACUGUUGGAUCCCCCUGGACACACACAGAUCACACUGGGGCUCCACAGCUACCGAACUGUGGGGGAGCAGGGGCCUCAGGCCAGGGCCAGGGAUCAGCUUGGGGAUGAGCUUGAUACAGUGGGUAGCGGCUCCAGCUGCUCAGCCACUAUGGAUCUGCAGCCCUACACGCCAGAGAGCCCUGCCUCACCCCUCUCCUCGCAGUCAGUGGACAGUCCAGAUGAUGAGGAGCCAUCACCUGUUAGCAGGGAAGGCACCAGGGCUCCACAGUCUGAGCCUCCCACUGCUGGUCAGAGUGACUCUUCAGCCCACAGUGGACUUCCUCCUAUCCCCCAGGAAGCCUCUGUGUCUCUAUGCCACCCCCGGGCAUCUAGGAAACUAGUUCUGGAGCUUGCUGUCAACCUUAAAGGUGUUUCCUUGAGACGUUACUCCCCUCUAGGGCCCCUGUCCCCUGUCUCACCCCCUGUGUUUCCCAGCAGCUCCCAGACAACAACAACCCAAUCUCACCCACAGGUUCCAGAGGUGACCUCACCCACUGAGCCCUUGUCUUCUUCUAUGAAAGCAGAGGACAGUGACAGCCACUUUACUGUGGAAGUGCCAAGCAGGGACAGAGGAAGCAGGGAUGAGAGGAGGAGGGAGGGCAAGAGCAGGCUCUGCAGGUUCAGCAGGACCCGUAGCGACGAGGGAGGAGAUUCGAGGAGGGAGACGACGCCAUCCUGAAAAAUUUAGGAAGAUACUCUCCAUCGCCUCAACCUGGUGUUGACAAUGUCUGCUCUGCUAAAGUGUCCUUGAAAUGUGUCCCCACCAGAUCCAGAGGUCAGACCCGUACCUUAGCCCGCCACAUGGAGGAGGUACAGUAUCAAACCCAGUACAAUAUAAUUAAGCCCAUUCAACACUUUGAAUGCUUAAAAAUCUGCGUAUGCACAGAAUUAUGCACAUGCAGCCUUUUCCUAAGAUUAUUAAAACCAGCAUUGGUAGUGCUUAUGGUGUGUGUUGUAAAUCUCUUGACUCAUGAUGACUCCCAGGAUUAAAUGCAAACAGAUUUCUCUGUUUAACCUGUUCGAACAUAAACUUCUCAUGAGUCUGUUCCAGAAAAAUCACACAAAAUUCUGGCCACUAGUUCCAAUACAAUAUUGGCAACGUGUUCGCCAAAGCAGCCUUUGUGUCGUUACCCAGAGCCAUUACACACCGCUAUAUACUGUGAACCGUUAAAGCCUAUUGAGUGAUCACAUAUGAAUUUAUCAGAUUAAUGAUGCUCUGCUCCGUCUUAUCCCCACUUUAAUGUGUGAGCUGGUGUUAUGAUUUUUAUUGUAUGACAUUUCUAGACAGUCAUGAUUGGCUGUCGUAAUAAAGGAUAAAGCUGGUAAUAUUUUAUAUUUUUGUUAUUGUUUGAAAAGGCCAAAACCAGUGAUGCAUUUGUCCAUCAGUCAAUAACUUUCGACUUCACCUGCCUCUGUAUAUACUUGCAUCUUUUUUAAAAGGCUAAAUAAUUUUCUAAAACACCAGGGCAGUGAAGUUUUCAAGAACCAUAACUGAAACAGGAGUAAAUAGUGCAUUUGUUGGUGGACUAUUUUCAGCUGUGGACUAAUACACAUUUGGUGCACUAAUGAGUAUUUGGGACAGCAGGACAGUGAAUAAUAUGCCUCAUACAACAGUGUGACUCAUUGAUGUGUUUUUAAUAAAAUGGAGUUCUGUGGCAGGUAUACACUAUUUCAAGCUACACAAACAAUACUUGUUAGGAGGAUUAAUACAUUGUUGGUUUUGGUCUUUACACUGGGAUCUUUCCGCAAAAAUAUGAAAUAUAGAAUAUCACCAGACUUACCUUCUAAACGCAACUUUGAACCAACCAAAAGUUCGACAUUUUGGGAAAUAUUAUUAUUUGCUUUCUGGCGGAGAGUUAGAGGAGAAGACCGAUACCACCCUUACAUUGUAUCUAUCCAUAAAUUAUAUGGCUACACCCAACCAUUCAGCUCAGGUUAGCUUAGCACAAAGGCUAGAAACAGGGAUAGCUAGUGAGCAUUAAAGGUGCAGAUAAGAUGAUUUUGUUGCCUUCAGAAAGAGCCAGGGAAGCUGCGUUUCCAGUUUUCAUGCUAAGCUAAGCUAAUGGGCUGCUGGCUCCUUAUGUAUUUACAAUAUGAGAUGACUCUUAGCCAAACAACAAAUAAACAUAGUUUCCAAAAAUGUCAAACUAUUCCAUUAACACUUGUGCAGUCUCAGUGAAUCAUGCAGCAGUUCAGUCAUGCCAAACCUUUGUCAGUAUUUAUUCAACACGUAUGUUUCGAGUGCUAAUCUUCUUCAGUGACACUUUGACCCCUUUUUACAAACAUGUUAAGUUUUGGAAGAUUUUUUAUCAUAUUUCAUCAGUUUUAAAAACAUAUACGUGGAUGGAAACUGAGACUGUGAGUCCUAUAGUGAAUCCUCUUACUCUGUUCACCUCCUCUUCCUUAAAUCAAACCCUACCUGUCCUCUCCAUGCAGCCUUUCGUCACUUGAAUGAAUCCACCUGUGCGCUCUGAUUUUUAUUCAGUGCAGUGAAGAAUCUAUGUGCAUAUCCAAGAAAUGUUAGAAAGAGAGUCACUUGAGAAGACUGAUUGUUUGUAGAGUCUUCCUCUUCAGUGUUGCCUCUGCAGUACUGCUGACUGCACACUGGCCACAGCAGACAUCUGGACUGCUGGUUUAUUUCAGUGGAAAAUCACAUCUGUGCUGUGGAACUUUGACAGGACGUUAAAGCAAAGACCUCUAUUCUUCAGUCUUCAGUGGAGAUCUAUACUAGUUCUUCUUCAUAUUUCUCUUUCUGCCUUGACAAACAUUGAACUUGAUUAAACCUGGUCACCUUGAGUGUGUAAGACCUUUUGUAAAGCCCGUCUGUCCAAGGUAUGACACUGGUAACCUUUUGCUAAACACUGUUGGACUUAAAGAAUGUACCCAUUUCAUUUUUGUUGAAAUCUGUGAAUUUCUCCCUCUUUUACUGCAGGAUAUUGAUACUGAACAUCAAAGUCAAAUAAUCAGUGUAGGUAGGGAGAGUAUGAGAAAUGACCUGCAGUCAAAUUCUGGUAGAUUUUUAGCUGCGGCGUCAGGUGUCGGUACUAAAUACACCGUCAUUCCUGCUGUUUUUCCUUUAAAUGAGCUGAACGUGCCAUUCUACCCUCAUGUGCUUCCUUCUUAUAGAAGUUUUGCCGUAAACAGCUGCUACAUGUUAUGUGCCAUUACAGAUGUCUCCAUACCCCUUUCCAAAUAAUUUCUGCCCAAGAACCUGUUCUGAUUCCUUUUCCUGUCUUCGAGAUACAGAGAAAUACAAAUCACUUGUAUUUUUCAUUCCUAGCUGUACACAUUUUUUUGCUCUUUUUUUCCCCAUUGUACCUCGUGUUUUAAGUUCGAAGCCAGUCAGUCCAUAUUUGAGUUUAAGGGAAAUAGUUAGCUGCUGUUUGAAAGUAUGUCCUUACUUGCUUUGUGAUGUACAGAUGUGUUUUAAAUGCCUUAAUGGUUUUUCAUUGCCAUUGUAAUGAUCAUGGACAUUUUCAUGAAUCACAGCUGUGGUUUACAUGUUUGAAGAGAUUAGAUUUGACUGUGUGUCUGAACGCAGAUUUAUGAUAUGACACGUAAAAACUGACUGCUAUGGAGUGCACUACUGCAUCAGGAAUCUUGUCUCUGGGAUUAUUAUGGCAACGGAGUUGCGGAAAAGGAAAUGUCUUCCAGUGACCUUAACUGAGUGUAUUUACAUGUUUCAGUGAUAAUCUGCAAGAUUCUUGUUUAUUCUGUAUUCUCUAUUUUGAUGACUGUCUUUAAUCAUUUGUAGUGUUGACUGCAACCAACAUAUUAUAGAAGAUGAUUUAGUAGCCAAUUUGAAUUUUAAUCUGUAUGAGUGCAAAUGUGGUUACGAUAUGUUUUAUGAACAAGUUGACUCACAGGUAAAUACACUGGAUCAAGGCCAUUGGACAGGAUAGUUCUACGGAACCAGGUUGUCUGAUAGUGAAAUCCCUUCUCCUUGCUGUUUGAUUUUGAAGCUUCUUCCCCGUCAAAGGCUGAAGUCGUCAUAUACUGUGUUUGUAUAAAGGCAUUUCUCUCAUUUUGAGAUCUAUAUUUGUAUAUUUUGUGCUGAAAGAGAAAUGCCACCAUGACAUUGUGGGGUUUACUGAUCAAAACCCUGCAAGAUACAUAACAGCUUUCUGUUUAUUAGUCAUUCUUUUUCUGUGCCUGCAAUUAAUAAACUUCAAGCUGGUUAUCAUUUGAAUUUUUUAGUGGACGAAAUACAUAAAGCUCUAUAAUUUUUAUCAGCAAUAUUUUGUCACUAAUUUAAUAAUACUUGUAGUGACUAGUCACCUUUGUUAUAUAAGCUAAAUGCAAAUAUUAGCAUGCUAACAGUGACAAUGCUAAGAUGCUGAUGUUUAUCAGGUAUCAUUUUCUCAUAGUUGCUACCUUAGUGUAGCAUAUUGCUAACAUUUGCUUACUAGCCCCAAACAGAACUUCCGACCUGAUCCAAACUCUUAUCCCCCAGCCAAAAAAAUGUCAUGCUUCUCAAAAGCUGCUAGAUUUAAUAAGCAAUCACACUGUUAUUCUUGUACAACUUUACACUCAAGUCGUUUACAAAAUACAGAGGCACACCCAUCAAUUGUAUAGUAUGUAAAUGUAUGUAACGAAUGUGUACAACGAACAAAGAGUCAGUUCCUUGUUUAUGGUUUGAUCACAUUUAAAGAAAGAAUAAAAACAACCAAAGGAGAAAAUCAGUUAAGUAAUACA